AUGGACUGUGUCCAUUACUUUAACCACGGGCUACUGCCCUCAACAACCGUCACAAUUCCUUCCUCAAAGCCUUACGACUCUGCUACUAUCCCUCUCCGCACCCUAGCAUCUCCCUUUCAGUCAAGAGCGGAGGAUUCGGCCGCAUUGCUCAACGAGAAGAAGGUUAAUCGGCACUCCUCCGAUUCUGCGGGUUCUGACUUUUCACUCUGGAGUGAUACUGGCGACCUUGCCGAACAGCUUGCCGACGAGGAGGAUCCUUUACGCAUACGUCUACGGGAGUCGGGAGACCACCAGGGCAUCGGCAGAUCCAACCCACGCCCAUUACACCGGCGGCCUAAGCACGUUCAUUACUCACAGCAUAUCCAUUUAGAGCAUAAGGCUACCAAUCCUGGACUCAGUAAAGAGGCUAUUGAAAUACCGAACCCUCCGGCGAGGCAGAUCGGACGCACAGAGAAAGCCCUCGCCAUCAUCAUGACGGGCGACCGACAGAGAAGCCAGAUGCAUGGCUUGACAGGGAAGCCGUUGCUAUACUUCACUAGUGUGUUUGUAUCCGUAGGAGUUUUUCUGUUUGGAUAUGAUCAAGGCGUGAUGUCUGGAAUCAUAACAGGUUCGUACUUUAAAGAUUAUUUCAAUCAGCCUACAAAAGCCGAAAUAGGGACAAUGGUGGCCAUUCUCGAGGUCGGCGCGUUCAUUGCAUCUCUCUGCGUUGGAAGAAUAGGAGAUAUGAUCGGCCGUCGGAGAACCAUACUGUUUGGCUCAAUGAUCUUCUUUGUGGGUGGAGCUCUCCAGACGUUUGCAAACGGCAUGCCGAUGAUGAUUCUUGGGAGAAUCAUCGCCGGUCUGGGCGUGGGGGCCUUGUCGACAAUUGUGCCUGUCUACCAAUCCGAGAUAUCUCCCCCACACAACAGAGGGAAGCUUGCUUGCAUCGAAUUCACUGGCAACAUAAGCGGCUACGCCGCCAGCGUGUGGGUGGACUAUUUCUGUAGCUUUAUACCGAGUGAUUAUGCAUGGCGGAUCCCGCUGCUGCUUCAGUGCUUCAUGGGUCUCCUCCUAGGUCUGGGUAGUCUGAUCAUCUGCGAGUCGCCAAGGUGGCUGUUGGAUAAUGAUCACGAUGAAGAAGGUAUUGUAGUGAUUGCCAACCUAUACGGUGGCGGAGACAUUCACAAUGACAAGGCUCGCCAAGAGUACCGGGAGAUCAAGAUGGACGUUCUCCUCCAGCGACAGGAAGGGGAAAGGUCGUACUAUGAAAUGUUCAGGAAAUACUACAAGCGGCUCUUCAUCGCCAUGUCCGCGCAGGGUUUGGCACAGCUGAACGGCAUCAACGUCAUUUCCUACUACGCACCUCUCGUAUUCGAGUCGGCCGGAUGGGUCGGCCGUGAUGCUAUCCUUAUGACCGGAAUCAACGGCAUUACCUACCUACUCUCGACCGUUCCUCCAUGGUACCUUGUGGACAGAUGGGGUCGACGCUUGAUCCUUCUUUCUGGAGCCAUUGCUAUGAUCAUUUCGCUUUCCGCCAUAUCAUACUUCAUCUUCAUCGACAUACAUUACACCCCAGUACUAACCGUCAUCUUCGUCAUGAUCUACAAUGCCGCUUUCGGUGCUUCCUGGGGCCCCAUACCAUGGCUUUACCCACCAGAAAUCCUGCCGCUGAGCAUCAGAGCCAAAGGAGCAAGCCUGAGUACAGCAUCCAAUUGGGCGUGCAAUUGGAUUGUGGGUGAGUUGACGCCAGUCUUACAAGAAUGGAUUAAAUGGCGGUUAUAUCUCGUACAUGCGUUUUUCUGCGCUGUCAGUUUUGUUCUCGUAUAUUUUCUCUACCCUGAAACCGCCAACGUGCGACUCGAAGACAUGGACCAACUCUUCGGCGACGCUACCACGGCGAUGCCGACUCCUGCUCAACACGCAGAGGUUGAAUCUCUGAUGAGUGGCAACCGAUCCCCCGUGCCAUCGCUUGACAUUAGGCGUGGGGGGCCUGGUAAUUUUACAGCAGACAAUGCAAUUCCGGGUCUUGACAUUAAUCCGCCAUCCGUUCCGGUGGAAAACGGCAAGCCUCGGCUUCCGCCUGACGCGCCGGCGAGUAGUGAAGGGCUUGGAGGGUGGAUAUCAAGAAUGGUACAAAGGACGAAAGGCGAGGGUAAAGGUGGGGGCGAUUAUGGCCGUCUGGGUCAAGAUGAUGACUGA